UCUCUAUUUAUUAACAUUCUCUGCUCUGAUCUAGCCGAAUCCGAUCUUACGCAACGCGAGAUACAGAUAAAUAACGCCAUCUAUUGGAAAAAUAAUGGAUUUCUUUUUGCUACACGAAUUUAAGUAUAUGUAUGUUGGACUGUGUGCAUGUACUUUUUUGAAUUACUUUAUACAUGUUUUGCAAUCAGUAGGUAUGAAAACUGAGACGCAGUGAAACGCUACUACGAAAGGAAUUGAAAUUUCAUACAUUUGAAAAGCUGGUCUCUCAUUCUUUCAAAACUCUACAAAAGCGAGAAGACAAUCCGUAAAAUGUCAAAUACACUUACGUUUAUUUACAUGUAAACGCAAUCCAAAGAAUAAAGUAAUUGAAGAAACUCACCUCACCAAUACAAUCAACGUGAAUAUAGUCACCUUCUCAUAACAGUAUUUGUGUGCAGAGACUUAUUUACCUGAGUGAAUUCUCAACCAAGGCAGCAAUGAAGCAAGCGAUCAGCGGGCUAAGACAAUGAUCGGAGGCAGAGUGGAAAAGGAAAAUACCACGUAGUCGGUACUUCAGGUAUUGUAUUCGUUCGUAAGAUACACUAUUCUCGAGUAUACCCGCGUUGAGUGAACAACGUUGGCGCAAUCAACGGAUUAACCUAACCUUAGAUUAAUCGUCGGUUUUUGUUCAUUAGAUACAUACAUACAUACUAACAAGUACACUCACUGCAUAGUUUGGAUUUGUUUCGUAUAGACUGCCAAUUUCGUGGCAUUCCGUUGUGAGAAAAUCCAUUGAAAUGUGUAUUUUCGAACAUUCGAUUGAAAUGAAAGUGGAGUUUUGAAAUUUAAAAAUCAAUUUACAUAUUUUCACCGAACGUGCUAUUAUCAACCAAAAACCUUUGAACGAACGCGGAAUCGAGAUUUUGUAAAGGCUGAAAACGGCGAUUCCAAAUUUCCAGCUACAUAUAUAUUUGUAUGAAUGUAUGUUUAUAUAUACACGUCCACUUAAAUGUGCAUAUGUGUGUACAUAUGGUAUAUUAGGGAGCGGUUUCUGCAUACUUGUCCAUAAAGAUAUUUGCGAAAAGAGGAAAUUCUUGAACGACGCCAUAUUUAUUUUGCCACAACAAUAAGAAACAAGACAUCACACCUUACCAUAUAACCGCAACACGAAAGCAGCAUACAUAUAGUAAAUACAUACAUAUCUAAAUUGAAAAAAUUUGGAGACAAGUCGCUUAAAAUCCGAUCACGAAGGUUCUACGGUCAACAAAUUGAAAUAGUUCAAAUACCUGAGCUACCAACAAAUGAACGAGCACAUCAGCGAACAUUUUAACUGAGGUCUUUACUGUCAAAAACGAUAAAUAGUUAAAAUAUAUAUAAGUAGUACACAUGUAUGUAUGUAUAUGCGCAUGCAUACAAUUUUAAAAAGUGCAAAACUAAGUUUCGAAAUUCACAAGGAAAUGCUAGAGUCGAGUGUCCGAAAUGUUGUGAGUUGCCCAAGUGCUUACGUAUGAGUACGAAAAUUAACAGUUUCACAUGGCAAAAGUGUAUUCGCACACAUUCUCCGACACCUGUAUGUUUUAAUGUGUUUGUGUGUGUCAAUGUGAAGAAUAAUUAAGAAAGAAUCUCGUGAAUGCUCGUCGCAGGGGUGGGGAGAAAAAAGAAACAAAGUAAUGAAAAAUGUAAAAAUGUAAAAAAAGAAAAAACAAACGAAUAGAGGUAAAAGAUGAAAUGAAAUAGCUGAUUUCAAGAACCACUUAGAAACACAUCAAAACCAGAAAAUCAACUUUGCUAACGUUAUUGCUUGACAAACUUAAGUAUACUGAAUUCACCUUGUCUACACAUGUUUCCGUGAUUGUGUUUGUGUGUAUAAAUUUUGCUGACACUAAUCUGUCUGCCUUACAUGAGUUGUCAUAAGCUUUCUUGGUACGAGCAUAUCGGUAGUUUUAGACAAGUGUCACUAAAACUGAGUUUCAAAGUGGAUUUCAUAAGAGAAUAGGUAACAGAACCAACCUACUGUUGUUAUUUAGGGCCAUUUAUAGAGCACGUAAAUAUGGGUGAUUCUACACCAAUUUGUCGCUGCCGAGUGCUCUAUUUGGGCAGUGCGGUACCACGUCAGAGUAAGGACGGCUUGCAAGGGAUCCAAGAGCCGUUGCGCAGCCUAUAUCCCUCGGAGGGUGCUGUCGGCGCCAAAGGCAUAGAUUCGUGGUUAAGUGUAUGGUCGAAUGGGAUUCUACUCGAAAACGUCGAUGAAAAUUUAAAACAAAUCACACGAUUCUUCCCCAUUGAGUCGUUGCAUUAUUGCGCAGCUGUGCGUCAAGUUUUAGUACCGGAGCGUGGAAACUCCAAACCAGAACCAAAAUUUCUGCCGUUAGACUCGCCAUUUGCACGAAUGCCCCGCGCUCAACAUCCUCCGAUAUUCGCUGCAAUACUUCGACGCACCACUGGCAUCAAAGUGCUCGAGUGUCACGUGUUCAUUUGUAAACGCGAAGCUGCCGCAAAUGCUCUAGUCAGAUGUUGUUUUCACGCAUAUGCGGAUAAUUCUUAUGCUCGGCAAUUGGAGACGGGUAGUUCUGGAGGUGGCCCGGGCGCCAGCGUUUACGGCACAUUAAAGAGUGCUGUUGGUUGUAAAUCAAAUGGUGAUUUAACUGGUGUUGGACUUAUGCAUAGUAAUCAUCAUAACCAUCAACAUAAUAUGGGCGUGUCAUCGAGCCAAGCUGGAUGGCGCUCUCGCUCCGGCAGUACAACCACCUUGAACAGUGUUGGGCGGCAAUCCAAUGGUCAUGCUUUUAACGGUACGAGUGGUAUCAGCCUGAAUGGUGGCGGGAGCAAUGGUAGCGCUACCGAAGGAUACACAUCCGUAAAAAAUUUUUAUGGAAGUAGUGCUGAUUUAAACGUAACUGUCGACGAUGGCGAGAAUUCGAUAUACAAUGGAGAUGAGAAUCACAAAGUCUGGAGUGGUUCUCAAGAUCAACUAGACGCCAUUGCAAUGGAGAGCCCAUAUGAAGUCUUUUCGGGAAACACUUCUACUUUGGGACGUCCUGUGAGAGCGCGUCAAAUUAGCUCACCUAUUGAUGUACCACCCCCACCCAUAAGAGAGGAAGUUAACAAAAAGCGCAAAGAAAAAAAAAUUUCAAAAACACCUGGCACUCAAAGCCUUUCUGGAACACUCAUACGCCCGAAGCCAAUUCAUCCUAGCACUUUACAAAAACCCGGAGUCUACGGAGGCGCUUCAGGUAGUGUGAUUUUUGGUCCAGCUGUUGGGCCUGGAGGUUUCCCACCCCCACAUGGCUCAAGAAAUUAUCACACAAUUAGUCAUCGAGGUUUUCAUGGUGGCCCAUCAGGGCCACAACCGCAUUUUCAUCAUCCUGGCAUGCCAUCACAACCUCCACCACAAAUGAUGCAUCCACCACAAAUGGGUAUCCCAAUGCAAAUGCCUGUUAUGAUGUCACAACAAUAUGCCACACUUCAAUCCUCACGAUCUACAAAGAAAAAGAAGAAAGAUAAAAAGAGCAGUGGCAUACCAGUUGGACUGCCCAUGGUACCACCGAUUUAUGCGUAUCACCAGGGUAUGGGCCCUCCACCAGCACCUCAACCAGCUAUUGCACAAUCGUUAAUCGGUGAUCCACGACCAUUAGCGAUGUCCAAUCGAAAGCUAGCAGUAUCUAUGGGAAAUGGACUAGAUGAUGGACUAAACUCUGGCGCAGAAUCGCCUGGUGGUACUGGCAUUUAUCGGAGAAAAGGUCACUUAAAUGAAAGAGCCUUUAGCUAUUCUAUAAGACAGGAACAUCGAAGCCGUAGUCAUGGUUCGUUGGCUAGUCUACAAUUUAAUCCACCUGACAUGAAGAAGGAACGAGAAAUUGCACAAAUGGUUGCCGGGCUCGAUUUAAAUGAUGGACCCGAAAGGGAAAUAUCGUCCAUGACACUGCAGCGAAAGCAUCUGAUUGCCUCAAAUGACGUAGGAUCCGGCAUCCAAUCACAACAAGCAAUUUAUGGGAAUGGGGGUACAAAUGCUUUGUAUGGCAACAGCAUGGGUCCAGCGGGUAGCAUUGGCAAGCCCCGAAGAUAAGUUAGUGGGGUUAAUUGCACCGUAGACCAUGCCACAUGCAAUGAACAUAUUUAUUAUGAUUAAAUAAAGCAUAUAAAUAUGCGAUUAUAGAUACAUGUAUUUACUCAAGUACAUAUAUGUAUAUAUGUGUAUAUAUAAUACAUACCCUAGGGUCAAGAUUAUAUAUAUGUAUGCGAAAUAUUCAUAUAUAUAUUUCAAUAUGGAGUUAAACCAGUCGAUGUGCCCCUGAUGAACAAACCCAUAAAUUAGUAAACGAAUAGAGUUUUAGAGAUGUUGUCAAAGCGGACAAGUACAUAACUACUAAUACUGACAAAUAAUUAUAUAAUAUUAUAUGGAUGCGUAUAUUUAUUCAAAGAUUUGUAUACAAUCGAAAUAAUAGCAAGGUAAAACCAAAGAAGUACUUGGGAGAAAACUAAUGAAUUAUUUUUCACUUGUCUGAAGAAAGUAAGCUUUUUAUAGUAUAUAAAUAUGUAUUUACGAUGAAUAUACUUCCUUGUAUACCAACCUACAUAUUUCACUGUUAUUAAAAAUAAAAAAAGAAGGAACUUAAUUUACAUACAUAUAUGUUAAUUAAAACACAACGUUCCGCAAAAUAAAAUCAUACACCACGCCCAAACUUCAGAACAUCCAUUUCAACAAUUUAAUAAUCAUCGAAGCAUUGUACAAAUUAUAUAUCUAAUGAUUUAGAAAAUAAUUUCAAUGUGUGUUUGUUACAUACAUAUGUAUCUGUAUGCAUAUGAGCCCAAACAUUUCUGACAUUUUAUGCAGUCUUUGCACGUAUUUGAAGUGUGAUCCAUAAAAGAUGAGAAAACUCCAAAGAUAACCCAAACUUUAGACACCAUGCACUAUUCCAGAAUCCGAACAUUAACAAAGCUCGGUAUUACUUACGGGACCACGAUAGUGAAGUAUGCGAGUGUCAAAGGACUGUUGUAAUAUUCCAAUCAUUCAUUGAAAUGUGACAUCCGUUAAGUAACGGUUAACUGAUUUGAGAGAAGACUUUACUACCCAGUCAACCAUUGUGGCUAUAAAGGAUCACACAUUACCAUAAAUAUACAUAUGUAUGUGUAUGUACAUACUUUUAUAUAAGUAUGAGGAAUCAAGUGGACUAAAAAAUAUGACAUGAUUAUUAAUUUUCUGAAAGCCUUUCAAAGCAAAUGAGAAGAAUUAUAUAAUAUAAUAUUACGAUGCUGGUCAAUAGAAUUGCUCAAUAUAGUUUUGACGGAUUUGAAUGAUUAUAUACAUAGUAUGUAAGUAUAAGUAUAUGCAGAAUAUAUAAAUUUAUAUAUCAAAAUUGCAUAAAUAUUUAUAUACAUACACUCUUUGUUAUGUACAUUUGUUAAGAAAAUUUUAAAUGACUUUUCGUUUCGUCUCUAUACAAUGAAAAUUGUGUGCCUUAUUAGGUUUAUAUAAUAUUUACUGUUAUAUGCAUAUAUAUUUACUAUAAUAUAUUAAGUAAUAUGCAGAACUUUUUUUUAAAGUGGAGUUUCCAUUAAAAAUUGAUAUAAGUUUAUAUGUACAUAUGUAAAGGAAAUCGCCAAAAACUUUAAAUAAAAAGUGUAAAAAUCAUUAACUCGAAUAUAAAUAAAAUAUGAACGGAGUAGUAUAUAAAGUACGAUUCAUUUUUGAUGUCGUUAAUUAUUACCAGUUAAAAUGCAA